AUGGCGGCAACUCCAACUCCUCAGGGGUCUCUUCGCCAGAGAAAUGUUGGCGGCAAGAAGAAGGAUCCCGCUGUGGCAACAGGAUCCGAUGCCGACUUCGACAGCAUCGUCAAAGCGAACACUCCUCCUUCUACUGCCGGUUCCGAGCGAGACUACAAACUCGUGCUUGUUGUCAUCACCGCAUUGGCCUUUUUGACAAGAUUCUGGGGUAUUAGCCACCCUAACGAAGUCGUCUUUGACGAGGUCCAUUUUGGCAAGUUUGCCUCCUACUACCUCGAGCGAACAUACUUCUUCGAUGUUCAUCCGCCUUUCGGCAAGCUCCUUUUCGCCUUCAUUGGCUGGGCAGUCGGAUAUGAUGGUCACUUUCACUUCGAGAAUAUCGGUGAUUCGUACAUUGCCAACAAGGUUCCAUACGUUGCGUUCCGAUCUGUGCCGGCCCUGUUGGGUGCCCUGACCGUUUCUGUCGUCUAUAUGAUCAUGUGGGAGUCUGGUUACAGCCUGCCUGCCUGCAUUGUUGCAGCUGGCCUUGUGCUACUCGACAACGCCCACAUCGGACAGACCAGAUUGAUCCUCCUGGAUGCAACGCUCGUUUUCGCAAUGGCGUGCAGCUUGCUCUUCUACAUCAAGUUUUAUAAGCUCCGACAUGAGCCUUUCUCGCGAAAGUGGUGGAAGUGGCUUAUUUUGACUGGAUUCGCGUUGUCUUGCGACAUUUCCACCAAGUACGUUGGUACCUUCGCCUUCGUUGCCAUCGGCUCGGCCGUUGUGAUCGAUCUAUGGGACCUUCUCGAUAUCAAGAGACCUGGCGGAGCCUUAAGCUUGCCCGACUUUGGGAAGCACUUCGCCGCAAGAGCCUUCGGAUUGAUAGUGAUGCCUUUCAUCUUCUACCUCUUCUGGUUCCAGGUCCACUUCUCAAUCUUGACCCGAUCUGGCCCUGGCGAUGACUUCAUGACUCCCGAGUUUCAGGAGACACUCAGCGACAACGUUAUGUUGGCGAAUGCUGUUACUAUUGACUACUACGACACAAUCACCCUAAGACACAAGGAGACCAAGACUUAUCUUCACAGUCACGAGGAUCGUUACCCUCUGAGAUACGAUGAUGGCCGUGUUUCCAGCCAGGGCCAGCAAGUUACGGGAUAUCCUUACAAUGACACCAACAACUACUGGCAAGUUAUUCCUGUCGAAGACGACCAUAAGAUGGGCCGCCAUGUCAAGAAUCACGACCUGGUCAGACUGCGACACAUUGUCACGGAUACUAUGCUCCUGUCGCACGAUGUUGCGUCACCUUACUAUCCGACCAACCAGGAAUUUACCACGGUGUCCAUGGCUGACGCGUAUGGUGACCGUCUUCAGGAUACCCUCUUCGAAAUUCGUAUCGAGAACGGUAAACAGGGACAAGAGUUCAAGAGCAUUUCGGGCCAUUUCAAAUUGAUUCACAAUCCCAGCAAAGUUGCUAUGUGGACCCACACCACGCCGCUCCCAGAAUGGGGACAUAAGCAACAGGAGAUUAACGGAAACAAACAACUUGCCGCGAGCUCCAAUGUCUGGUUCAUUGAGGAUAUCCCCUCUCUACCAGCAGAUCACAAGAGACGUGAGAAGCCAGAGCGCAAGGUCAAGACUCUGCCAUUCUUGAGGAAGUGGUUCGAGCUUCAACGCUCCAUGUUCUGGCACAACAAUCAGUUGACCAGCAGCCACCCGUAUGCCUCACUGCCAUACCAGUGGCCAUUCCUGCUCCGAGGUGUGAGCUUCUGGACUCAGAACGAUACUCGCCAGCAAAUCUAUUUCCUAGGAAACCCUGUUGGCUGGUGGAUUGCCAGCAGCUUGCUCGCGGUCUAUGCUGGCAUUAUCGCUGCUGAUCAGUUCUCUCUCCGCCGCGGAAUGGACGCGUUGGAUCACAGAACGCGUUCGCGUCUGUACAACUCUACAGGAUUCUUCUUCCUGGCAUGGGCGACCCAUUAUUUCCCUUUCUACGUCAUGGGCCGUCAGCUGUUCUUGCAUCACUAUCUUCCAGCACAUUUAGCUUCUACGCUUGUAACCGGUGCACUUGUAGAAUUUGUUUUCAACGCUGAGCCAGUGGAGAAUGAGAUUACAUAUCAGGCAGUGAAGGCCGGCAAGAAGCCAGCGCCAGGUCCUAAGAAACACAUCACUGCGCGCGAGCGAUUUGCCGGCCAGAGCAUGACAGGGGCUUGGAUCGCCUGUCUGGUAAUCCUCGCGCUCGCCUUCGCCGGUUGGUACUUCUUCUUGCCAUUGACCUACGGUUACCCUGGCCUGUCUGUCGAGGAGGUGCUGAGGAGGAAGUGGCUCGGCUACGAUCUGCACUUCGCGAAAUAA